CCCGGCCCCUCCCGGAGCACCCGGAUCCGACCCGCUCCUCCCCGCUUCCGCCCGUCUCCCGGCAACAGCGGCCCGCCCCACCAUGGCGCCAGAGGAGAGCGCUGGGAACUUGCUACUGCUGCGGAGUUUCGAGCGCCGCUUCCUGGCAGCGCGUCCCCUGUGCUCCUUCCCCUGGCAGAGCCUUGAAGAAAAAUUAAAGGAAUCACCAGAUCCUGAGGUACUGCGGGAAAUUUUACAGAAGCCCACAGGAUACUUAAGACAAAGUCCCUCCAGCAGCCAUUUGUGUCCUUCAUCACAGACUGUGAAUCAUCCCGUGUGCGCUCAGCACCCACCCUCAGGGAAGUACACCCGGUGCUUUCUCUUGGAGCUCAUCAGAAAGCAUGAGGCUGCCCACACAGAGCCGUUGGACGAGCUGUACGAGGCGUUGGCAAAGACCCUGACUGCUGAGGGCUCCACCCAGUGCCACCGGAGCUAUUUGCUGCCUUCAGGAACCCCACUCACACUCUCUGAGAGCACGGCCAUCGUGUCCCAUGGCACCACAGGCCUGGUCACUUGGGAUGCUGCCCUGUACCUCGCAGAAUGGGCCAUCGAGAACCCAGAAGCCUUCACUUACAGGACUGUCCUCGAGCUGGGCAGUGGAGCCGGCCUCACGGGGCUGGCCAUUUGCAAGAUGUGUCACCCCAAAGCAUACAUCUUCAGUGACUGUCACAGCCGUGUCCUUGAGCAGCUCCGAGGAAACCUGCUGCUCAAUGGCCUCUCGUUAGAGCCAGAUGCCACCACUGACCCGGAGAAACCGCUGGUGAUGGUGGCCCAGCUGGACUGGGAGGUCGCCACUGUUCCUGAGCUGUCUGCCUUCCAGCCUGACAUUGUCAUCGCAGCAGAUGUGCUGUAUUGCCCAGAGGUGAUCCUCUCACUGAUUGGAGUCCUGAAAAGGCUUGCAGCCUGCAGCAGAAACCGAGCUCCUGACGUCUAUGUGGCCUACACCACGCGCAACCCAGAGACGUGCCAGCUGUUUACCACCGAGCUAGGGUGGACAAAUACGGGAGCAAAAGGGAACCUGGACAGGCCGGGUGAGGCGUGUGGCCACAACUGGAUGUCACUGCCACUGACCCCUGGCUCCUGGUCCUACCCUGGAGCUGCCUGCCUACCCUGGGCCUUGAAAUCUAUGAACCAAGCAAACCAGCUGGGACACAGGCCCAGCCUGUCCUAACUGCUCUGCGCUGUUAAGAUUCCUGCUCUGUCCUCAACACCACCACCACCAUCAUCCCACGCAUGUGC